UCGCGAGAUAUUGGCCGAUCUUAGAACAUGUAUUCUCUCUUUUUGCACAGAUUCAUUGAAACAAACAGAUUUCGUACAAUUUCACACGUAAAAAGUGCAAAGUGUUUUUAGACCCUAUCGUAGGUUUCGCGCUAGUCAUUUGCAACAGACUGGAAGAUAAUUAUACCAGACGCAAAAACAAUCGUUUGCAUAGUAAAACGGGUCGACUGCGCGCAUGCGCGGGUACGUUCGAAUAAAUUUCGUCGAAACGAUUAAGCCGUCCGAAUAAACUGUCCCUUCGAGCAGAAUCGAAGCCGAUCGAGUUCUUAUCGAUAUUCUUUUUACGAGAGUCGAAGAAAAAGUGAAAUCGUUUCGAUAUAACAGCAGCGGCGAGGGGUAAAGGGUAGAGGGAUAGAGAAGCGAAAAGGUUUCGGUGAGUUAGGGGUUAAAGAAGACAGGGGUGUUAGGGCGCCGACGCGGAGCGGUCCAGGCGGUCGACGCGGUGUCGUAGACGGCAGUGCACGUUCGCUUAGAACACGGAGCGUAUCUCGCGUGCGGUUCUUUGCCGGGAAAACGUUUCGUCGAGGUUGUGCACGAUGUUGUUGGCGGCGUGAACGCGCAGCAACCGAGGCAAUCGCGUUCUCCCCGUAGCUAUUAUGCAAAUUCCUGCGAAAAUUUUCGUAAAUGACCAUUCAUCGUUAAAUCGGUUCAACUUUUUAAAAUCGUCUGUUUCUUUAUCCUGCAAUUUUUCCUUAUCAAUCUUCGCGCAUUGCAUUCAUGAUUGACGUGGUAAGAUCGCGUUAAAAUCGAGGAGUUUUAAAGUAGAAGGUAGUCGAAAUUUUAGAUAUAGAUCAAUCGAUAGAUUCGAAGUUGAAACGAGACGGCGGACAGGGAGAAAGAUCGAGCGCGAAGCGCGCAAUCUUCGGAAGCGAGUUGGCGGUAGUUGGCGGGUAAGGUGAAACACGUGUACAGUCGAGCAGUUGGGUGAUUUUGAGAAGAAGCGGAAAUGCCGAGUGCCGCGAGUUGUUCGCGAUGAACUGACGCGUUUCCGGAGGACGUUAUUUGGGUGGUACAGUUUGACGGACGGUAUACAGAUAGAAAGGUGAAAAAUGAGGGCCUCGUUGCUGUUGCUGGGGGGCAUCGUGGUGUUCUCGGUCGCGGUCGCGAGAGCUCUUUCGUGCGUGUGCGCGCCCCUAGAGUGCGAUGUUCUCACGGACGAGGAUUGCCCCGGAGGCCUCACCUGGGACCCGUGCAGAUGUUGCAAGGUGUGCGCUCGAGUCGAGGGAGAGCCGUGCGGUGGUCUGUUUGGCUUUUCCGGAAGCUGUGCCGACGGUCUGCAGUGCGUGAUCAAAAACCUGCUGCCCAAUACACGGGAAGUGGACGAGGGAGUCUGCACGAAGAUCCCGGGCAGAUGGAGGCGGCAUUGUCCUCACGGGCCGAUAAUGUCCGAUCCUGGCUGCAAUUUGGUGUCGGAGGGACUCGCCGGAGAGAACGGACGCACAGUGUCAACCGGAAAAUGCGUUUGCGGACCGCCGGUACCCUGGUGCCCGGACGAACCGCACCCUUACGUUUACGCCACCCGACACGAGUGCAAGCUCAAUUUGGUCGCAAAAAUGGGAUACGAUGACCUCUUUAAUUCCGGAAACACGGUGGCUGACGACGUUGAUGGAGAAACGCGUGGAGCCGAAUGUCCGGAGGAUAGCGUGAAAGGAGAGAAGGGCGAAUGCAAAUGCGCGACCGGCUGUCCACCGGUCGAAUGUCCGUCGGGUGAACGACCGCUGCAGGUGAAGCCAGCGGAUCCCGAUACGCCCGGUAGCUGUUGCGCCCGUUACGAUUGCAUCCCGGCAGACUCUCGAGGAUCCGAGCGGUGUCCCGAGAACAGCGUGUUGACGGAAGACGGAGGGUGCGAGUGCGCACCUUGUCCACCAGCGAGCUGCCCGGCCGGGCAUCGUCCGGUUCAAGUGAGGGCUGCCCUCGAUCGCGAGUCACCCGGUAGCUGUUGCCCUCUGUACGACUGCAGGCCCGCAGAAUCGGUGUCGUGGGUAGAGGCGACCAGCGAGGAACCACCGAAAUCGACGAAAUACUGCAUAUACGAGGACAAGGCGAGGAAGGUGGGCGAACGAUGGCAACAGUCGGACUGCGAGAGCUGCGUUUGCCAGGAAGACGGAGUGUCCUGUCAUCAGCCGAUGUGUAAAUCCUGCGAGAACGCCAUCCCACCGGAUCCUGGCGAGUGUUGUCCUCAUUGUCCACCACCGACCAACUCCUCCCUUCCCGAGUCGGAGUCGCCUUGUCGGACGUCCUUGGAAGGAUGCGCGUUGACCUGCGAGCAUGGAUACGCCAACGGGGAGAACGAUUGUCCCGUCUGCAGCUGCCUCGAGCCCAAGGAGGACGGCAACGACGAUUCCAGUACCGAUACCGACAAAAUCUGCCCCGAACUGCCGCACUGUGGCUUGAACUGCGACCUCGCGAAAGACGAGGCAGGCUGCACGGUGUGCGCCUGCGAAACUCCGCAAAUUUUCGACCAGCCUACGAACGACAGCGUGUUGAUCGACGAGACAGGCAAGAAAAUCUGUCCGGAAGUGAAGUGCGACCUCCACUGCGAGCGAGGAUUGGUGAUGGACGAGAACGAUUGCACGUUCUGCAAGUGCAGGGAACCGGACUCGAGCUGUCCGCCUCUGAUCGGAUGCAGGAAACGGUGCGCCUUUGGAUACAAAACGAACAAACGCGGCUGUCCUAUAUGUCGCUGUCGAGCGUCCUGCACGGACCAUCUGAACGAGACGCAUCCAGAGGGAUCUACCUGGCGUCCGAAUUCUUGCACCACCUGCACCUGCGAGGCCGGAGGGAGACUCAGUUGUAGAGAAACCGUCUGCUCGGUGGCUUGCAAGGACCCUUUGCCUCCGAAACCGGGAACUUGUUGCCCCACCUGUCCAAUUACGCCCCUGAAGGAGAACGAGGCGCACGGUCAUCACGGCGGGACCAAGGGUUGGGGUACCGUGCCGAUCACCCUGAUCGUCAUUCUCACCCUUCUUUGCGUGCUGCUGAUCGUCCACAUAGUUCGCAGUCGAUUCCGUGGACGACUCUCACCCUCGGACGCCUCUUAUUCCUCCUACCCUCCGCAGUACUACAAGUGCGUGCCGGCUUACGACACGCCGAUGCAUCGAAACGAAAAAAUCGUACCCUUGUAAAAGGGUAACAGGCGAUCCGGUUAGAAGAGGGCGAGAGGAGCUUAGGUCGUCCUCUCGCCGAUACCGCGGUAUCGUUGCUACGAAAAGAGACAAGUACAGCGGAUCGAAGGCGAAAAUGAAGGUGAAAUAGAUAACGUCACUUCGAAUCCUCUGUUUCGUCGAUCCGUGACAGCCGAACGGUGCGGGUAUCCUCAGCGAUUUCGAAUUCAACCCGUUUACAUUCGGCUGAAAAUACCAUACGUAUGUAGAAUUCUCAGUAUUAUUAUCGUUUGAAAAUAUCAGACGGUAUUGCGGACAAAAGAGAAGAAGAGAACGAAGAAUAGAGAUGCUCGUAACACGAUUGUCGAAACCCUCUUGAUCCCCCUGAGUCGAUGCGAAAAUGUCGCGUUCUAAUUCGUAAAUUAUAAUGCUAGGUUAAUUAACGUGGAGAGGUAAGAGUAAAUAAUAUCGGUAUCGAUCAACUUGCUAGAAGUAACUCGAUCGAGAAUCCUUGUAGCAGAGAGAAAGAGAAAGAGCGAGCAAGUGAUAACAGAGAGAAUCAGGCGUUUUAUUAAUCGUAUAGUAUUAGCUCCCUCGAUCUCUGGACCAUCGUUGCGUUCCGCGUUACGACAACCGACCUCCAUAAUUCCGUUGGCAGUGCAGGUAAUUACCGAUUUCCGCGAUUUACAACGCAUCGAAGCACUCGCUGAAUAAAAAUACGGCGAGGGUAAAAAUAUUAAUCCGUGUCUGGAAAGAAUAUCUUCUUCGCCGGAGGUCAUUUAUCAUGGUACUCCUCGCGACGGAGCCUCGGUUCCACGUUCGUUUUUGCAUUAGCACCUUGUUCCACCAGCAACUCUUUCGUUUCAAGGCGGAUUAAAGCGAGUGCUUAAUUUGUCAUCGAGGACCAGCGACGCGAAGAAAAAAAAGGAGGAAGAAGCUUUUCCACUUGUACACCGCUCGUUAGAACGACGAACGCGAUAGAUUUAAUCCUAGGCUAGCCUUCGGUUACUGUGUUACUAGACUGUUCCUAUGUUUAGUUUAUCUUUUCUCUUGCGGGAAUUUUGGUAGGUACCUUAUCGUACCCCGUUGUCAGAGUACGAGCUUUUAUAUCGAUUUCUAAAGAAGAUUUAACGCCGUCUUCCGCGACCAGGAACCUUAAAUUUUUCUACGGUUUUUCUACGGUAUACGUUUCCAAGAAAACAAUGCUUCCGCGCGAUUCGGUAAGGCGUGUCUUAAUUUAUUAUUCAAACAACGAGCAUGCAGUUUAUUUUUUAAAUUAGAUAAAACGCUAAAAAGAAUCGGAGCGUCGAGUGUCCGGCUCUGAUCUCGAUUCGCUUUAAUUUUAUUCGUCGUCGCGUUUUACAAAAGCGUUCCUUCGUGCCGCUAUGCUUUUUAGAUCCGAUAAUCGUCGGCAACGUAUACAUUAUACAUAUAUGUAAGAUAGCCUGGUACACCGUUCACGAACGAGGGAGAGAGAAAGCGAGGGGGAUAUAACGAGUGCGUGGCUGUGUGAGAGAGGGUAAACGAUAUCGAUGGAAUGGGUAUGCAAAGACAAACGUUUAACCCUUUGCGGACGAAACAAUUCCAAGUGCUCGAUUAUUCUUCGCUUCGACUAAAUGAAAUCGUGUAUGGAUUUAUCGGUCAGCGAAAGGGGUGAAGGUAGCGAAAGGAACGUAAGUGAAAUUGACACAUUUGCUCGUUGCUACGCGUUAAUCGUGAACCGUGAUCGUUGCGUAACGCGAAUCGAAGGUAAAAUUGUUUGGUCGUGCGAACGUAAACUAGAGACAUAUCCGUGUGCUUGAUCAGGCGCUGCGCGCACCUGAGACUCGCGUCUUAUCAUUCCUCCUCCUCCAAAUGAACGCGUACAUACGUAUAUUUUUCCAAUGCGACACUCUCGUCUUAUUCUGUACAUCUUCUCUAACCGUUUAUCGUCUAGUAAUACUAAAAGAUAAGGAAAGUGUGUUUGGGUGCGUAGCUGUCGUUAUAACGUAUGUACCUUACCUACCAUACGUAUUGUUGCGCCGUGGUGUGCCUCCGUAGGACAUUGUUUUAUUUUUUAACAAUUAUUACACACGCAACUUUGACAGCUGUAAAAAAUUUUCUUUCUAAGGGCAGCUUUUCACAGCGUCGCAACAAUAGUAUAAAAUCAUCGUCGAUAGAUUGCAGACUGUAUUUCAUACGUGUACAGAUUGAUUUAUAUUAUCUCUGUUCAAAACGUAUUUCCAUAACGUAGUCGUUCCUAUCAUUUUUGUGGAUAGUCGUGUCAACUUGUAUUUAACUUCUUUAUUUCUUUCCAUUCUGUACGAACGGAUCGGUUAUACUGUACAGGUCGUUUCAAAAAAGAUGUCCAAUGUGAAAACACAAAUUUUCAUCCGUUAUGGUAUUAAGGGAUGAAAAAUUGCAGUUUUUAGGGAAAAUCGUUUCUGAUACAGUCCCUUUAUGGAUAGCUCUUUAUAAGCGGCUGUAAGAAUAUUUGUCUGAAGGAAUAAUAUCGAUCAGUGUUACCUCGAAGACAAUACGUAUCGACGAAGAUCUCGACCGUUUCUUGUUGUUUACUGUGUGCAACUCGUUCUAGCAAUAGCAAUAAGUAAUAAAACGUAGCAAACAGGCGGCGUACGCAAUUUCGACCACACGCUAUUUCGCGGGGAAAAGAGGGCGAUUCGACAUCUCCAGGCGCGUUUUCUUCGGGAUUAAGGACACGAGGGAACUCCUCGAAUCUGGUACAUAUUCGUUUUAGGGAUCGUUGUUCACGCUCUCCCAUUGUUGCGUAACAGACCUUUCGACGAUUGUACACGUAGAAUAACGUGUAAAUGGUGGGAUUGGGAGCCCCGAGACCCCAAUAAAAGGAAUCCUAGCGUAUUUGACGAGGUAGUCAGCUCCGGAUGUGGAUAUCCCACGGUUUUCCGGUACUUCGACCCCCUAUUUUUCAUGGAUUCCUAUGGACUCGCAUCGCGAUAGAGAAGAAUAGACAAGAAAGUAUCCUUAUCCCACAGGGAAUGGAUAGGUAAAAAUAAACGGACGGUCGGUCGAUCCCGUACGACAGGACGAAACAAGAUAGCAAAGCAAACGAGCCAGAGAAUCGAUUAAUAAUAAAAAAGACGAUCUCUUGCUUGGCUGCUUCUAGGAAAGCACAUUGCUAUGUACAGUGAAACCCUAACGAAGUAUCAUAUCAGUGUAACCUAAACUUAUUUAAUAUGUGCGAGCUCGUAUGCAUAUUAAAAUCGUGCGUCAUGUUUAAAGAUAGCUCUUGUAUGUUAAAUAAAACACGAGACUAAAUAAAAUUGUUGAUAUGUGA